CAAAAGUAAUGAAAGUUUGAUUGAAUUACAAAACUUAUUGUCUUCAAUGAGUUCUUAUUGCAUACGUUUUGAAGCGAGUCUUCUCAUGAGGGCUGAGAGGCAUCGCUUUCACGACCUCAAGAAGUCCACGAUUUUCAUUCAAAGACUCUUUAGAGCCAAACGAGAGAGAAGGGCUGCCAUCAAAAUACAGGAACUCUUCCGCGCCAAUCAACUCAUGAAAAUCGAGAAACAAAAGUAUCAAACACUGAGAACUUUAGCAAUCGUUUGUCAGCGACUCUUCCGCGCCAACCAUCUCAUGAGAGUUGAGAAACAAAAUUAUCAAACACUGAAGUCUUCGGUAAUUGUUUGUCAGCGGGUUUUCCGCGUCAAUCGUCUCAUGAGGAUUGAGAGACAAAAGUAUCAAACACUGAGGUCUUCAGCAAUUGUUUGUCAACAGAUGUUCCGCGCGAAGAGACUCAUGAGAGUUGAGACACAAAAGUAUCAAACACUAAGAACUUCAGUAAUCGUUUGUCAGCGACUCUUCCGCGCCAAUCAACUCAUGAAAAUUGAGAAACAAAAGUAUCAAACACUAAGAACUUCAGUAAUCGUUUGUCAGCGACUCUUCCGCGCCAACCAUCUCAUGAGAGUUGAGAAACAAAAGUAUCAAACACUGAGAUCUUCGGUAAUUGUUUGUCAACAGAUGUUCCGCGCGAAGAAACUCAUGAGAGUUGAGACACAAAAGUAUCAAACACUGAGGUCUUCGGUAAUUGUUUGUCAACAGAUGUUCCGCGCGAAGAGUCUCAUGAAGAUUGAGAGACAAAAGUAUCAAACACUAAGGUCUUUAGCAAUUGUUUGUCAACAGCUGUUCCGCGCAAAGAGACUCAUGAAUACUGAGAGACAAAAGUAUCAGACUCUGAAGUCUUCGGUAAUUGUUUGUCAGGAACUCUUCCGCGCCAAUCAACUCAUGAAAAUCGAG